AUGUUGGAAAACGACGUACUCGAAGUGCUUGGGCAGACCCCCUUUCUUUACAAGCUAUACACUCAGAUAUGCUGCGUGUUCCCAGUACCCGAUCCGUCCGCGCACGAUGCCAUUGUCGAUACCCUAGCCAAGGGUCUCGAUCGGCUAGCAGGUAGUUUUCCAUGGCUAGCCGGGCAGGUCAUCAACGAGGGGGCAAGUGAAGGCAACACAGGAGUCUACCGCAUAAUCCCGGGGGACAAGAUCCCGCUGGUCGUCAAGGACCUCCGACACGAUCGGUCUGUGCCAACAUUGGACGACCUCCGCCGGGCCAAUUACCCAUUCAGCAUGCUGGAUGAAGAACUCAUUGCGCCCUGUAUGACUCUCAAUCUACCAGGAAGCUCAAUUGGUCUCGCCAAAGACUCGGCGCCGGUCUUCUGCGUUCAAGCCAACUUCAUCACGGGUGGCCUGAUGCUGACUCUUGUCGGUCAACACAAUGUUAUGGACAUGACCGGCCAAGGACAUAUGAUCCGCCUACUUUCCAAGGCCUGCCAUAAUGAACCGUUUACAAGCGAAGAGGUGUUCUCGGGAAACCUUCCCCGCGCCACCACCAUUCCCCCUCUAGACGACUCAUACCAACCAGGGCCUGAGCUCGCCGAACAGAUCGUAAAGCCUCUUGCGCAAACUACAGAGAACGCCGCAGAACCGCUUCCCCCUCCUCCGAAAUGCAUCUGGGCCUAUCUGACCUUUUCCGCCAAGUCCCUUGCUGCUCUCAAAUCUCUCGCAUCCAAACAUAUUACUUGCGGCUUCAUUUCCACUGAUGACGCUGUCAGUGCCUUCCUGUGGCAAUGCAUCAUUCGUUCUCGACUGCCUCGCCUGGAGCCGAGUGCAAAGGCACUUUUCACGCGCGCCGUCAAUGUUCGGCGUCAUUUGGGUGUCCCAUCGGGCUACCCUGGCCUGGCACAGAAUCUAGUAUAUCACAGAGAUUCAGUCCAGACGCUGGCCGAGGAGCCCUUGGGAACUCUCGCAUCAGAAUUUCGCUCGGCGAUCGAUCCCAAAAAGGUUGAUCUGGCAUUCAACACUCGUGCGCUAAUAACCUUUCUCAGCCGCUCACCUGAUAAGACCGUCGCUUCGGUCGGUGCGACAGUGGAUAGCAAGAGAGAUUUUAUGAUCAGCUCUUGGGCUAAUAUCGAUUGCUAUGAGCUGGAUUUCAAUCUGGGGCUAGGAACCCCGGAGGCAGUGCGGAGACCGUGCUUGACUCCCAUUGAGAGCUUGGGUUAUUUGAUGCCAAAGUCACCAUCGGGGGAGAUGGCAGUAGGGAUUUGUUUGAGAGAGGAAGAUUGGGAGAGAUUGAAGGCAGACGAGGAGUUUAUUAAAUAUGGGCAGUACGUAGGGUAG